AUGGCUGACGAACUGAAAGAUCCUGCCAAUGCUCUGCCGACUGAGCUCUUUAUGAGGGUUCUGGAGAUGGCAGAGCCUGAAGAUGUCAACCAAUGCCUCCAGGUCAACCGCAACUGGAACAACCUUAUUGAAACCAAUCUUCGCUUCUUGCCGUGAGUUCUGUCAAACUUUUCGAAGAAUCUAAAAAAGAUCUUCAAUCUGAAAAUUUUUCAAGAAACCCAUUUUCUCAGCAAUUAUGAGUUUAGAGAAAAAUUGGUACUUUUCGAUACUUUAAAUGAAGAGACUGAAAGUCGCAAACGGAAAAUUUCAUAGCUUUUGAGAAUAAAAGACUCAAAUUCGAAGAACGUUAUCCCAGUUUGAAGGGCGAGCAUUUCAGAAGUUUGAAGCUCCCUGAAAUGCGGAAAUCGCAGAGAAAUCCUACCCUUUCAAAUCGAGAAAAACGGACUAUACCAAAAUUUGCAAUUGGCCAGGUUAUUAUUAUCAAUGAGCAAAUAUAUCUCGUUUUGCAACAUUUUUAAAAACAGUAAAAUGACGUUAUUUUCAUCCCAACCCUUUGCCUCAAGACCUUUAUCAUGUAAAAAUCAUUUUAUUCUUCUAACCAAACUGUCGUGGAUCCAUCGAUAUCUAUGUUUAGGCGCAAAAAAGCAACGGCUGUGAAGGUUCUGUACUUACCUCUCUACAACUGCGUCUCCGUGGUCGUCGCGGUUCCCAUAGGGCUUCUCUCGCAUGAAACUGUUAGUGUACUCUAUCACCAGAAAACUUGGUUUUGGAGAUUCCUGAAGUUUUUGAAAUUUGUUUUCAGUUGAAAAAAGAAUAGACAAGGUAUGAAAAACGAACUUUGAAAACAAUUUCCUCUUUGACUAAAUGUUUACGCAACAAACUUCAAUAGAUUUUUCAAGAACUUCCCGGAAAAUUAAAAGCAAAAAUGACCUAAUACUUGUCUUAAAUAGAAAAAAAUUAUCAACUAAACAGAAAAUAUUUCUUUUUAGUCGGCUAUCAUCAUCCAUAAGGAUACAGCUUUUGUGCACCUGAUCCGUCGAUACUUUCCGACCAGCAUCGAGAUCAGCAAAAAGACGGCCGGCAUUCCUGAUUGGUACUUCAAAGGCAUUAUUAACGUGAGUUUUUCAAUCUUUUUUUUCUUAAAAUUGCCGACGAAAAUCCCAGGUCUCGCUGAACUUUGAAGUGGCUACGGAUCUUCUCUCGUACAUCAAGCAAGCGAAUUCCAUGAAGACUCUCGAAAUCGCCGGAAGGUACAAGCUCCAUAGCUACUCUCAGCUCUUCCGCAACAAGUACACUCCCGUCAUUGAGUGAGCUUGUUAUCAAUAAUUAUCAAGUAUCAGUUAAUUUCAAAAAAAACUGAGUUUUUCUUUUUAAGGCCAUGAGACAUACUUGUUUUAAAACAUUAAUAUUUUCAAAUUAAAAUCCCAGAAUUCACGGCUCCGGUGUUAACAAGCUCGAGAUGACCGGCCGGGAUUUGAGGGCUCUCACUGAAGCUGCAAACCAGUCCGGCAAACCGGUGGACGUCUUCAUUUUCGAGCGUGUGCUCGUAGACUUCAAUUUCACGGACUUCAAAAACUUCAUGGACGUGAGCUUUCUAUCAAAAAUGAAAUUUUCUGACGUUCGUUUUCAGAUGACCAGCUUCACAGAGAGAGUAAUUCUCCGCUGGGAAGCUCUGCCAACGAACCCCGAGGAAUUCGUCCAAUGGAUGCAAGACGUCGUCAGGCAGGACGAAUUCAGGGUUAAUAUGACUCAUCAGUACGUCUUCAAUUUCCGCGGCUCGCGCUUCCACCUCAACUUCCAACGGUUUUGCGAUAACUGA